AUGGCGACGGCGAUGGGGCUUUGGUUCCUGUCUCUCUUCCGACGGGCUCUGUGCGCCCCCCGCCUGACCUCGCUCCCUGCCCGAUGCGGCUAUCGGGGGGAGCUCCCCGGCCAACUCGCGGAAGGACCUGCUGGAGAUCCCCUUGCCCCCCUGGCAGGAGCGCCCCAGCGAGCCCCUGCAGGCCAAAAGAGCCUGUUCGAGAGCAGGAAGCGAGGCAUGCUGGAGAACUGCCUGCUGCUCAGCCUCUUUGCAAAGGAGAAUCUGAACAGCAUGAUCGAGCGGCAGCUGAACCUCUAUGACUGUCUGAUCAACGAGCCCAGCAACGACUGGGAUAUUUACUACUGGGCAACGAAAGCAAAGCCCACCCCGGAGGUGUUUGGGAAUGGUGUCAUGGUGAGUAUCUUGGUGCGAGAGAAAUAG